CUAUCAUCCAUAUUCGCGACAGCAAUUGAACUUUCUCUGCUUCUCAAAAUGGCCGUCAAGGUAUUUCUCACGGGAGUCACCGGCUACAUCGGCGGCGAUGUCUUUCACCACGUCCAGCAUAAUCAUCCUGAAUUUGAAUUUGCACUUCUUGUUCGAUCGGAGGAGAAGGCAAAUGCAGUACUUGCCAAAUAUCCAAAUGUCCGCAUUGUCAUCGGAGGACUUGAUGAUGCUGCGACGCUGGAACGCGAAGCGUCAUGGGCUGAUAUUGUUAUCCAUACUGCUGAUUCUUCGGAUCAUGUAGGUAGCGCAAAUGCUAUCGCUAGGGGGCUAGUGGAAGGCCAUACCGCUGAACGGCCAGGGUUCUGGCUUCACACCGGAGGGGCCGGCAUUCUGACAUAUUUUGACUCCGAGGUGAAAAAGGUGUUCGGCGAGCUGGACACUAAGGUUUUCGACGAUUAUGAUGGUGUUGAUGAGCUGGUGAAUUUGCCGCCUGCGGCUUUCCAUCGUAACAUUGAUGAAAUUGUUCUCAAGACCGGCACCAAACACGCAGACUCGGUCAAGACUGUCAUUAUCUCCCCGCCAACCAUCUAUGGUGAAGGCCGUGGACCAGUAUCAGGUCGUGGGCGACAGGUCUACGAGUUGGCUUCUUUCAUACUCAAGGAGAAAUACUGUCCCCAAAUUGGAAAAGGCCUUUCUCGUUGGAAUAACGUCCACGUCCACGAUCUGAGCGAAGUAUUUGAACUUCUGGUGAAAGCCGCGCUGGAUCCCUCGCGGAAGAACGACACGGAGAUCUGGGGCGCUCAUGGAUAUUUGCUCACUGAGAAUGGUGAACAUGCCUGGGGAACGCUCUCUGAAAUCAUCGGAAAAGAGGCCCACAAGCAAGGCCUCCUCAAGGGAGACACCCCAGAAGUCAGGGACUGGUCUAUCGACGAGGCUGUUAAGUCCUCUGCCGGGUUCGAAGCUGCAAGCUGGGGCAUGAACUCGCGUGGUACGGCCACACGUGCCCGAAAGGUUCUGGGAUGGAAACCAAAUAAGCCCAGCUUGGAUGAGGAGAUUCCAAUUAUCGUUCGCUCCGAGGGUGCCAGAAUGGGACUUUGAUCUUAUGACGACCACACUCCACGAAUUAAAAGUGAAUAUAGAAAUAUGAUCCAAACCAUGCCGUAUUAAGA